AUGACCGAAGACCAAGAACACAUCCACAGCCUCCAAUGGCCACUCACCCCUCCCGAUUUCUCCGACCCCCAAAUAAAGGACGUCUCAUCAGUCAUAACAGCAAUCCAUGUGAUCUCAACCGAGCGCGCAGCCCUCGCCCACCUAGAACACAUCUACCAAACCGACGCGCGAGCCCAGCACGACCUCGCCCGCGCCGUCGAGCAGAUUGCGCGCAGCGUGCGGGAUGGCGGCAAAUUGGUCGUCUGCGGCGUUGGCAAGAGUGGCAAGGUCGGACGGAAAAUCGAGGCCACUAUGAAUAGUCUCGGUGUUUAUAGUGCGUUCCUGCAUCCGACUGAGGCGUUGCAUGGGGAUCUGGGAUUGGUUCGGCCGAAUGAUACUAUUCUUUUAAUUUCAUUUUCGGGCCGUUCGCCUGAGUUGCUUUCGCUGCUUCCGCAUAUUCCUGCUUCCGUGCUUGUUAUCGCUCUUACUUCUCAUACACAUCCGUCUGCAUGUCCGUUGCUGGCGUUGCAUGGGCCUUCGGGUAUGGGAAUUUUAUUGCCUGCGCCUAUUCAUGAGGAUGAGGAUGCCUCGUUUGGUGUUAGUGCUCCUACUUCGUCCACGACUGUCGCCUUAUCGCUGGGCGAUGCGUUGGCUAUUGCUACAGCGCGUAAGCUGCAUACUGCACCUGGCAAGGGUCCUGCAGAGGUCUUUCGGGGGUUCCAUCCUGGUGGUGCUAUUGGGGCUGCGGUUGCGGCUGCGGGUACACCGUUGACGACUCCUUCAAGUGGUAUAUCGACGACGUUUGAUUCGCCGGCAUCGUCUGUGUCUCUUCCCUGGGAGGAGAUUGGGAGUGCGCCUUUGAUCCCUCCUUUUAAUCUUCAAUCACCGCCUGCGCAACGACGGAUUUCUUCGGAUAUGUUGGUGCCGCUUGAUCAUAUUCCUACUGCUUCGUCACCGUCGUCUUCACCUGGCGAUGUGCGGUUACUUGAUAUCCUUCUCACGGCUUUUCAGCACCCUAAUGCCAAAUCAUGGGUCUUCUUAUCGCCUGAUGAGAUCAUUCCUCCCAGACAGACUCGCUCUUUGCUCUCACCGGGUGGGAACAUGGAUAUGCGUGUUUCUGAUGUGAUUGCCGAGGAUCCUAAUGCUUCAUUUGCCGUACAUCGUAACAAGUGGCUUCUGGUUCUGGACUCAACACCACUCGCAGACCUCAGGCACAAAGUAUGUGCGUCCCGAAAGGGACUGCACCCGAUUUCUGUCGUUGCUAUAGUGAAGGAUAUGAAAUAUCCCGACAGUUGUAUCGGAGUGAUAGAGGCAGAGGAUCUGCUGGAAGCAUGA